GUGAAAUCUUGCGCUGUGAUGCCCUCGAGAGAUCCCUGACAGCAUCCACUCAUUGUUAUCUUGGACAAGAUGAAGCUCGAUACAAAAUCUCUCCGAUAUCUCAACCCUACCGAUUGGCGCACCCUCACUGCCGUUGAAACUGGCAGCCGCAACCACGAAGUAGUUCCCACGCCUCUCAUCGCGAACCUGUCCAAGUCCAGUGUUGGCGAUGUUCAACGAAGUAUCUCACUCUUAGCGAAGGCCAAUCUGAUAGCAAAAGUCAAGAAUGCAAAAUAUGACGGCUAUAGACUCACGUAUGGAGGCCUAGACUAUCUCGCGCUACAUUCCCUGCAAAAAAGCAAUGCUGCCUACAGCGUAGGAAACCAAAUUGGGGUUGGGAAAGAGAGUGACAUCUUUGUGGUUAGUGAUGAAAAAGGUGAACAGAGAGUGCUUAAGAUACACCGCCUUGGUCGGGUCAGUUUCAAAAAGGGUGUUCGGAACAAGCGAGAUUAUGCCCGGACAAAGGCGCAAAAAGAAAGAGGUGCAGGCAGUUGGAUGUAUAUGUCACGACUUGCCGCAGUCAAGGAAUUUUCCUUUCUCAAGGCGCUACACGAAGUUGGCCUCAGUGUACCGACACCACUAGGUCAAAAUCGACAUCAGCUGAUCAUGUCACUCAUUGAUGGAUUCCCAUUACGGCAGAUCGAAAAGGUUCCCAACCCCGCUGGCCUGUAUGCGGAACUGAUGGACAUGUUGAUCCGACUAUGCUCCUUGGGUCUCAUACAUGGUGACUUCAAUGAGUUCAACAUCUUGAUCAGAGAGCAGGACGAGGAGAACGGAGAGAUCAAGUUGGUCCCCGUCCUGAUCGACUUCCCCCAAAUGGUGAGCGUAGAUCACCCAAAUUCCGAAUUCUAUUUCAACAGAGACGUUGAAUGUGUCAAGCGAUUUUUUUCAAGGAGGUUUGGAUUUGUUAGUACUGAAGACGGUCCAUUUUUCAAGGAUGCCAAGAAACUCCUCGGGCAGGACGGAAACAGAAGACUCGAUGUCGAGGUCGAGGCCUCGGGCUUUUCCAAGAAAAUGGCGAAAGAGCUGGAGACGUACAUGAGAGAUCAUGGUAUUGAUGGUGAUGCGAAAAACUCAGAAGCAAUACACGAGGCCGACGAAUCCGAAGCCAGUGCUAGCGACGACGACGAUGGAAACGAAAACGAGGAUCACCACGGAGGCGCUUCCGACAUGGGUUGAACAAGAAAAUACCACAAGCGAACGUCCUAUGGCAUUCUUGUCAACGAUAAUAAUCAUCGUGUGAUGCAUUAUACUCGUACCGCCGCAGCUUUUGAAAAUGAUCUACAGUCCUCGUCUAUGCGAUUAGAGUCCGCACCGCCCACGCCCAAUCAACACUUGUUUGAGAAUAGUGGGAGCGCGGGAUUUUCUGUCGACGUUCUUCACAGGAUCGGCUGUGUGCAGCAAGCAAGCCAGUCCAAAAGCGAGGUUGGAUCUGGAACCACUGCGAACCCCGCCUGAUUUCGAGCAAUUUGGGUCGGCAAGGAUCGAUGGGACACAUUCAUUUUCGUGAUGAGGCGCGCGACUUAUGCACGCUCGAGACUAGAGCAAGACAAGCGCUCUGAUCUAUCUCAGCGACAAACGCAUUCAAGGCCUUUGCAAUUUGAGAGGGUUGUUUAGCUUAAGUUCGACACCAUGUGAAAUAUCACAACGGCUCGGAGAAUUAUCCACGUGCAAAGGCGGGCGCACAGGAUGUCCCAGGGUCACAGAGUCACAGAACUGCAGGAUCUGUGGACGGACUGGCGAAUCGAACCUUGGUUGCACCCUGAAUGCAGUCUGAUCCCACUACUACCCCGUACAAACUUCGACAUGGUCGAGAUAACGGGAACACUCCUUGUCAGAGAACGGGUGAUGAGACUGACGGUUCAAAAGGUAGAUUCUCGUCCCACUAGGGUCUGGAGUACUGAUGGUCGCAUCGAGAUCAAUCCAAUGGUUCUUGAAAGCUGCCUGUGCUGAUCGGUCCAUCUCGUCAAAUCGUCAAUGUCUCAAACAUCGAGCUGCGGCGGGAAACGGCAGCAUAUUACGGAGUAAUAAGCAUCAAAGUGAUGCUUGGUGUACAGUAGGGACGGAUAGCCAGGGUAACGACCUGUCCAGCUGAACCCUGUCGCUGUACCUAUUGUACCCUGACAUGAAUGGCUCCGUUUGCCUGCAUCCGGUAUAGAAGCGGGGAAAAGCAGAAGCAUGCCAAACAGCGGACCAAGGCCAUGCCUUGAAUCGGAUGAAUUUUUCUCUGAGCGACAUGCCGGCUCUAAGGAUCCGUACAUUUUGUCGCUGCAAGAAGUGACAAGGCAUGCAGGAUGUUGUCAAGCGAGGAUGACAACAGGGAUGCGGUGGAAAGUCCACUGGGUUAGCCUUGUAAACCCCUGACAUGACAGCAGCUUGAAACACAGGACCCUGGCCUGUGGCUGGGUAGACGCCUCCAGGCGAUAUAUACAGAUGGGGGAUAGCAGCGACGACGGGCCUGGUGGAUAGAGGGCCGAAGCGUGCUGACAGCCAACAGUGGGCGCGGGCACACACCUAUGGAGGCCUUUAGGCUUGCCGGGUUCCUGGGUUCCUGCAAUGGUUCGGAGCUAAGAAUGACCGCUAGAGCAGCCGCUAAGGGCUCACUAGACGCACCAACAGCAUUUCCCGCAAGCCCGGAAAUUAAUUCUGCCAAUGGCCUAAAGAUCUGCUUGUAGGGUCAAAAGUAGUCGUAGGCUUUGAUUUAGUCUGUCCAGCACUUUUAGCUAGCUAUUCCUCAUGCGGCGCCCACAAUGCGAGGC